AAAAAUAGAAAAAGAUGCUAAACGAUAUCAGUUUGCUCUGUUAUUCAUGGUUUUAAUCUUCACAUGCAGGGGAAAGAUAACUUCUAAAAUUACUUAAAAUACUAAAACAAAGUUCAACAAUAAUUAACUAUUCGUUGGGCCCGUGAACGUUAGCUAUUAACCUGGGAAUUACAGCCGUCCAGGACUCCGCGGACAGAGUUAGCGAUCGGAGAGGUGUCCCUGAACCGGGAUUUGGGUUCAUUUUACGUUUAUAUUUACACGAGGUGGACUCACACACACACACACACAGGUCAGUAUUACAGUCAUGGCUACUGGCGCCGAUGUGAGGGACAUACUGGAGUUGGCCGGAGGAGACAAUGAUGCUCCCAUCAGCAAGAAAGACUUCAUCAAUUCAGAUAAGAAAAAGGCCAAGAAAGCAACUGAAACGUUGACCUUCAAGAGACCAGAGGGGAUGCAUCGGGAGGUCUAUGCUCUGCUCUACUCAGAUAAGAAGGAUGCCCCCCCCCUCCUGCCCAGCGAUACGACGCAGGGCUACAGGACGGUCAAGGCCAAGCUGGGCUGUAAGAGGGUGCGCCCGUGGAAGUGGAUGCCUUUCACCAACCCUGCACGCAGGGACGGGGCCAUAUUCCACCACUGGAGGCGUAUGGCAGAGGAGGGCAAGGACUACCCUUUUGCACGCUUCAAUAAGGCUGUGCAGGUACCAGUGUACUCGGAGCAGGAAUAUCAGAUGUACCUCCAUGACGAUGGCUGGACCAAAGCAGAGACCGACCACUUGUUUGACCUGUGCAAGCGCUUCGACCUGCGCUUCAUCGUCGUGCACGACCGCUAUGACCAUCAGCAAUACAGAAAACGCUCUGUGGAGGACCUAAAAGAACGGUACUAUAGUAUCUGCGGUAAGCUGACCAAGGUCCGUGCAGCAACAGGAACUGAGCCCAAGGUCUACGUAUUUGACGCUGGCCAUGAGAGGCGCAGAAAAGAACAGCUAGAUAAACUCUUUAACCGCACACCUGAACAGGUGGCAGAAGAGGAAUAUCUCCAGCAAGAGCUGAGAAAGAUCGAGACAAGGAAGAAAGACCGCGAGAAGAAAGCCCAGGAUCUGCAGAAGCUCAUAAAGGCAGCAGACAACACCACAGAGCUGAGGAGGGCUGAGAAGAGGGUUUCCAAAAAGAAACUCCCACAGAAAAGGGAGACUGAAAAACCGGCAGUUCCAGAGACGGCAGGCAUCAAGUUCCCAGACUUUAAAUCGGCAGGAGUCACACUUCGCAGCCAGAGGAUGAAGCUGCCAAGCUCGGUAGGCCAGAAAAAGGUAAAGGCCAUUGAGCAAAUCCUGACAGAACAAGGAGUGGACCUCAACCCCAUGCCAACAGAGGAGAUCGUCCAGAUGUUCAACGAGCUGCGCAGCGACUUGGUGCUGCUCUACGAGCUCAAACAGGCCCACAGUAACUGUGAAUACGAACAGCAGAUGUUGCGUCAUCGCUAUGAAGCCCUGCUGAAGGCUGGAGGAGGUGCUGGUGGGGCUUCAGGGCCCCUUGGAGGGGCUGGGGUAGUGGCUACUUUACCCCAAGGAGGGGACCCCGGUGCCAACAGCAACUCUGUGGCCUCUACCCAGGGAGGGGAGAGUCAGGUCUGGCCCUGCAUUGAGGACAUCAAGGUGGAGCCGAAGGAGCAAAUCAUCGAUGUGGUUGGAGCACCACUCACCCCCAAUUCACGCAAACGCAGGGAAUCGGCUUCAAGCUCUUCGUCGGUGAAGAAGGUGAAGAAGCCGUGAUGAGAAAGAGAGGGACAGCUGGUUCACGGCGGAGGAAUACGAGGACUGUGUCACUGGCCCUGGUCACAAUGGCGGGGCCUUUUCUAUGACGUUCGCGGAGGUGGACUUCAAAAGAGAUUGGGGGCAGAGGGACAGGCGGUAGAAAUGUUUUAGAAUCUCCCUCUGUCUCUCUCACACACAUACACACACACACACAUUUUCAUUUGCUUCGUCUCUCUUCUCAUUCACACUGAAAUCCGACAUUGCUGUCCUCGCCAAACAAACAGCCCCCAACCUCGCAGUCCAUCCUUGUCCACCACUGUUGUGACAAAGACAACAACUGAGUGACAUUCUAUUCCAUUACUCCUGAGCUCCCUGCUUCCACCGGCGCUUGGCCUCAGAUGAGGGCCAGAUCAACUGUAAAUUGCCAGGCAGAGCUAAUCGGGCCAUGGGGAAGGAGUUGGAUGACUGGGUAAUUGAAACGAAUUGAAAGAGGACGAAGCGACUGCGAGAGAGUAGGAUGACCUCGAGCCGCCACGUUUAGAUCACCACUAUCAGUUUCUGUGGUGUUUUUUUUUUUUUGUUUGUUGUGUGUGUGUGUGUGUGUGUGUGUGUGUGUGUGU